AUGGAGAACAGAGACUCCUGCUUGCAUCGACGGCUGCGUCUGCUAUUGCUGCUGCUGCUGCUGCCACCCCCUCACACCCACCAGGGACAGGUUCUGAGACACAUUGUCCCUAACCAGAUUGCUCAGGCCCCUCCAGCUAGGUACCUCAGCAAUGGCCCAGGACAAGAGCCUGUCACUGUGAUAACCAUUGAUGUCACCAAAAUCAGCAGACCCUAUUCCUCCUUUGAGUUUCGAACCUGGGAUCCAGAGGGAGUGAUUUUUUAUGGAGACACUAACACCAAAGAUGAUUGGUUCAUGCUGGGACUUCGAGAUGGCCAGCCUGAAAUCCAGCUGCACAAUCUCUGGGCUCGGCUUACAGUAAGCUUUGGUCCUCGGCUCAGUGAUGGGAGAUGGCACAAGGUAAGAGAACUCUGCUGGGGGAGGUCUCUGCUGCUGUGGGUGGACAGAAAGGAGGUGCUGUGCCUGAGACAAAUCUCUGGACCUCUGGCUGAUAGGGCCCAGCCCAGCAUGAGGAUUGCCCUAGGGGGACUCCUCCUCCCUGCCUCCAGUCUUCGGUUGCCGCUGGUUCCUGCACUAGACGGAUGUAUACGUCGAGAUAUCUGGCUGGGCCAGGAGACCCAGCUCUCACCCUCUGCCACUACUAACCUCAGAAACUAGGAUGUGGACUUGCAGCCUGGACUGUUCUUCCUGCCAGGGACCCAUGCAGAAUUCAGUCUCCAAGACAUUCCCCAGCCUCACACAGACCCCUGGAGCUUUUCUCUGGAGUUGGGAUUUAAGAUGGUGGAUGGUUCCGGAUGCCUCCUUGCUCUUGGGACGGGAAGAAAUUCUUCUUGGCUUACCCUUCACCUCUAAGAUCAAAAGGUGGUGCUGUCUUCUGGAGUAGAACCAAAACUAGCUUUACCCCUGGACUUGGAACUCCCUCUUCAGCUGAAGCUGGAUAACUUCAAAGUGGUCUUGAGCCAAGGACCAAAGAUGGAGGUCCUUGCUGUAUCCCUUUGGAGACUUGCCUCCUUCCAGAGACUCUGGUCCCACCCUCAGAGCCAUCUCUCCCUUGGGGCUUUACCAGGAGAUAACUCUUCUGCUUCCUUUUGCUUGAGGGAUCUUUGGGUACAAGGACAGAGACUGGAUGUAGACCAGGCCCUGAACAGAAGCCAGAACAUCUGGACUCACAGCUGUCCUCAUAGCUCAAACAAUAUCAUUCACACUUCACACCAAGCCAACCCCCUUUGA